AUGAGUUAUAGUCCUUCACUAUUCUACGAAGCGCCUGAAUGGGAGGUCCGAGGCAUGCAUCCUCUUCGUCAGUCACAUGUCGAUGAUACGGAAAGACAAGAGACAGGUCUCCUGCGACUACUGGCGCCACAACUGAGCCUGUUACAGCAACAACCGCCAUACGCACCUCACCCUGCAGCCACCUGCUCAGGCAGCAUGAGCCGUCAAGAUGAUCAAGCAGCGAUACAAACAGCAAUCGACUCGAUCAGCAGUGGUCAACGCGUCGUCAUAACAGCCUCAGGCUCGAUUGGCGCCACAACCAUCACCAUCGACAGCAGCAAGACGUUUGAAGGCGGUGGAACCAUCGACGUCGGCAACAGAAACGGUCGUGGAGCCAUCGUCGAAAUUCAGGGCGGUACGGUUAAUGGGGAGAGGAAUUUGCGGGUAAUCGGGAUAUUUCCAUCACGGCGGAGGUCAAUGAUAAUUCUGUGA